CCAAACAGAUCCUCUGCAAGAUGUUGCUUUUAGUAUUGACAGUUGCACCUAUAUAUACGGGGAAGUCCCUACCAUGCGAUUAGCAACCGUUUUAAGGCACUCCAUCAAUGAACUCUUUCUGGAUAUCAGUCUUAUUGAUCCUAGACAUAUUAUACCACUUCACAGAAAACAACUUUGUGAACAGAAUCAGCCCCCGUUUCCAUUCUGUGGAAAGAAAAAAGGAGACUAUAUUUACUAUGCAGGGCCCGCCUUCAUGAUGUUCGGCAACAUCCCAUCGAUAGAACUUCAUGUUAAAGGUCAGCUCUUCAACGAAGACCAUCGUACAAUCAUUUGUGUUGAUUUUUAUAUCAACAAAAAAUGAGAAAUUAAUCUUUGUCGCUUUUCGAGCUAGCAUUGCCUAGACCAGGGCUUCCCAAACUUUUUCUUUCAAUACCCAAAACCAUUUAUUUAAAAAAUCUUAUUGAACUUUGAGGACCAGCUGUUAAGUCCUUUCCUUCAGCACUUUCGUAACUCUAAACAGUCAUUGAAGGAAUGGACACAACUCAAGCACCACCUUUAUCAUAAAAGCGGUAUCAUUAAAUGAAUUCAUAUUAUUUCAACAGAUUACUAUUCACAAUUUCAUCAAUUUUUGUCUUAAUGGGAAUACUUUGGGAGAUUUUUGAAUAUAUUUUGGUACACGUGUCCAUCUUUAAGUCAGUUUAAAUAUUCCUCUUGUGAUGGGGAAUGGGCUUGUAUAUUAUUACCCCAAAAAGGCCCAAUUUUACCCAAUUUUGGAUAUAGGGCAGAGGUGGUAUUCAGCAGGUUCUGACCAGUUCUGGAGAACCAGUAGCAGAAAUUUUGAGUAGUUCGGAGAACCGGUAAAUGCCACCUCUGACUGCCCCUGCCCACAUUUAUUCUCUGCCUCAUGAUUGGGAGGAAAUGGGGAUUUUGCAGUAACCUUCCCGUGGAGUGGGGAGGGAAUGGAGAUUUUACAGUAUCCUUCCCCUGCUACGCACACCAAGCCACGCACACCAAGCCACACCCACAGAAUCAGUAGUAAAAAAAUUUGAAUCCCACCACUGAUACAGUGAUACCACUGAUCUUGACUUACGACCAGUCACUUAGCAACCAUUCAAAGUUAUGA